GGCGUCUGCAGGAGCGGAGCCGGGAAGGGAAGGGAGGAGGAGAAGAGAAGGGAGGAGGCGGUUCCCGCUCCCGCCGUGCGAGCUCGGCCGGCUCGGGGCGUGCGGGGCUGGCGGCGGGGUGGCCAUGGCCUCCAUGGCGGCGGCGAUCGCCGCCUCCCGCACGGCGGUGAUGAACGGCAACCGGCCGCUGGACGAGCGGGAGCGCAAGCGCUUCAGCUACUUCUCCUCGCUGAGCCCCAUGGCGCGCAAGAUCAUGGCGGAGAAGGAGCGGAUCCGCGAGCGCUACGGGCCCGAGUGGGAGCGGCUGCCGCCCCGCCAGCAGGACGAGAUCAUCGACAAGUGCCUGGUGGAGCCGCACGUCCAGGCCCGCUACGCCGCGCACCGCGGCGCCGCCCGCCCGCCGCCGCCGCCCGCCUCCUACCCCAGCCUCCGCCUCAACACGGGCCAGAAGCUGGUGCGCUUCGGCGACGAGGACAUAACUUGGCAAGAUGAACACUCGGCUCCAUUCUCCUGGGAAACGAAGAGUCAGAUGGAGUUCAGUGUUGCAUCUCUGUCCAUACAAGAACAAGGUGGUGCCCAGCUGCAAAACGAACAGAGGCAGCCACUUAAAGCAGCACCUGGUGUCCAAGUCCCUAAAUCUUCUCAGGCUGCUAAGACCCCCGGCUCUGAUGGGUUGAUAGCACCCAGAAAGGAUGAGGAGUCUUCUUUCUGGAAGAUAAAUGCAGAACGCUCAAAGUUUGAAGGAGACAAGUCUGAGUUCCAGUCCCUGACCCCCAGCCAGAUCAAGUCCAUGGAGAAAGGAGAGAAACCCCUUCCCUCUUUUUGCAGACAGGAGUCUGCUCCAAAGGAGGUGGCAAAAGCUGAGAAGCCCAGUGUAACUAAACCAGAGAAGUCUGUGACCCCCAGUCUACCUUCUGUAUCUCUCGAAUGGGAGAAACCUCGACCCUCUCAACUCCCUGCUAGUUCUCUAGAUGAUUUCUUUCUUCCUGACCCACCACAGUACCUGGCAUCUUCUAGGACAAACAAGGAAGAUAACGAUGGUACUAUACUUUCAGAUCCACAAAUGCCUGGACAGACUAGUACAAGCAAUGUUAUCUUGAAGACUGGCUUUGAUUUUCUAGACAACUGGUAAAAGAUGCAUCAAAAUAGUUCAAACCAAUUUUGGGAAGGAGUGGAAUAUCUUUCUCCUUGUGUGUUAAUUUACUAGUAUUUGUGUCUUUUUUCUAGAAGUAACUUUCAAACUCUUACGUGUUGCCUUUGUAUAAACUUUUGUAAUACCAGAUGCAUUUUUUUUUUAAGCAGUGAUAGAUGUGUGGUUUCAUUUGGACUUAUUUUUUAAAACCUGUCAAUUUUUUUUAAUAGCCACUGUAUUGAGAAGGUGGGAGAAGUUACCAAAUACACAUUAAAGAGAAAUAAAUGAGAGUCUCCACAUCCAAGAAGUGGAACCUACAGAAACAGGUUGCUAUUUUCAAUUGAAACUUUGCUAGCAUGGCCUGUAAGUAAUAGCAUAGCAUAGCAUAUGCAACGGUUCCAAAUAAGCAAAGAACUCCGUACUUCAGAUAACUAGCAAAAACAGUAUGAAAAAUAGGCAUACAGAAGAAUUUUAUUGAUUUCUCUAUCUAAUUUAGUUUGAAAGUAACUUUUAUACCACUUUUCUGAAAACACUUUUCUUUUGAAGAGGGCAAAGGCAUUGCCAAAAUGAUGGAUCCAAAGAAGCACUGUGUCUGUACCCUACAAAUCUGCUAAAUUAACCAGAAGAGUGUUAGAAAAAUGACCUGGGAAAAUGAUGGGUGUUUCUAGUCUUUGGAUUAAAGACUUGGGGGUGGAAGAGAAACGAGACAACACCUUAUGACUGGGAGAAACUGUCUUCAGGGAACACAAGCCUAAUGAUUUCACUGCCUCCCUGCUAGAGCAUAACAAUAGUUCUGGAUGUACAGCAUUGGUGAUUGCUGAAGUGUGGAUUACCUUUGUGUCAGGAAACCACUAUGUUUAUGGGAGGUCGUAGCUGUAUGAGGCUUCUUUGUUUUUUUAAGCAGCUUAUCGUCUCAAGGACUUAUCAACUUUGGUGCUUUUUCCUCCUGGUGGGUAGCAUUCGAUAUCUGGGUUACAUUUGUUCCCGAGGUGCAAAGAGGCAUCUCAAGGUGGCCCUCAGCAGCUGUGCUUUCGAAUGAUCUUCGUGUGGUGUUUUAAAUGUAGAGAACAAGGUUAGCUGUCAUGUGAGUCUGUUGUCUCUGAAAUGCAGCAUGAUUUACACACUGACUCUCACUGUGUUUACCUCACCUUGAAGCCUUAAUUUCCCCUACGCACAACCAGUGGGUGGUCUGCUCCGAUGCCAAAGGUCUGACCUUCCCUUUACCUCAGCAAUAGUCCCGUAGCAUUUGUUUGGGGUAGAAGGCAAAACACGGGGCUCUAAUGGCUCUAGCAGGUCCCUGCCAAAGCUAUAAGAAGGUCACCAUUUACUAGACCAUAAUAGUGCUAGGCUUCUUGUGGGUUAGCGUUUGGCAUUUGGUUGGAUGCCCGUGGCAGCUGCAUGUGCAGAACUGGCUGCUGCAGGGUUCUCUUCUGCCUGCUGUGAGGCUGUUACAAGAAGGGUUGGAAAUGUACUGGAAGAGUCCUCGCCUCUAAUUGCUGUACCGCCUACUCCAAACAAGCAUCGUGUCCGAUAGAGCAUUAACACUUACUUGGUGAUCAAGGAAGACGCUGUAAGCUGCCCUCCUACCCCCUGAAAAAUAGAAGCCCCAAACCUCCAGUUUUUCUAGUAAGUGUUUUCUUAAAAGGUUUCGUAGCUAAGGGGGCAGAUUGCCAGAGUAUAAGCCAUUGCACAGACUUAUUUAUAGAAUUCUGAAAGCUUCUUUACAUCCUUCCUGAGAUGUACAAAUUCCUGUGAUUCGGGAUAUUGUCUCUGCAUUCAGCAGUUCACAAAAUACUUUCAUUGUUUCUAUUGGCCUAGGCUUUACAGCUGGCUUUUUCUUAGCUGCCCUUUUUUUAGGAUUUCUUACAAGCAUCCAGCAUUAAUACAGCUUAGAACAACUUCAGCAAAACCUCUUUAGGUGUAUAAUUAGUAUUGACUUGCACCUUCUUUUCAAAGCUGACGAAUGCUAACCCUGGAUAUUACCUUUACCAUUGAAUCUGAUUUUUUAUGCAUUCAGCUGCUGAAAAGUUUCAAAUCCAGUGUAAAGAUGUGCAUUCUAAUCUUACUUUGAUAGGGGCAGAUCUUAACGCAAAGCCUCCUACUGUUAGGAGAGUUAUAUUAAAUCUCUGCUAACUACAUUGAAGCUUCUUAAAGAACCUGGGCUGUCUGUCUCUUCCAUUGGCUAACUCUACCCUAAUACACAUUGGGACCAGCUGGUAGAACAUGCUGCAGAACUUUUUACUUAUCCUGGUAGGUUUUUCCUGUGCUUUGACAAGAGUUGAUGCUCCUUCUUUCUUUCAUAUGUUUUUAUUAAACAUUCUUACAAAAAAAAAAUUGUACUUGGUCACAUUUUAUAUUAACAAUGUUUUAAUAAAGUCACUUUAAAUAGAACA